AUGCUUGUCAAGAGCAAGCAGUCUAWGUCGCAUCUCUCCGACCUGACYGAAGCYUUCGAGGUCUUGAGGGCAUAUCAAAUGAAGCYCARCCCUGCUAAAUGUGCCUUUGGGGUYACCUCGRGAAAAUUCCUUGGCUUCAUGGUAAACAACCGGGGAAUCGAGGCCAAYCCCGAAAAGAUYAAAGCCGUGAUCGAGAUGGAGGCACCGAAAACGCUGAAGCAGCUUYAGUGCCUCAAYGGCAGGAUYGCGGCCCUGAACCRGUUUGUUUCAAGGUCGACARACAAGUGCCUCCCUUUCUUCAAGGUCUUACGAAAGAARGGGCCGUUUGAAUGGACAGCGGAGUGCGAGCARGCGUUUCAGCAAUUGAAGAGCUACCUCUGUUCGGCACCCUUGCUUGYCAAGCCCAURYCGGGGGACAAGCUCCAAUUGUACCUAGCAGUGUCUGACAGUGCCGUCAGCUYGGCCCUAAUCAGGCAAGAGGAAGCGCGGCAAAACCCGGUCUACUACACAAGCAAGGCUAUGACCGAAGCCGAGACUAGAUACCCUCARAUGGAGAAGUUGGCUCUCGCUUUGCCAGAAGCUUCUGGUCGCCUAAUGAAGUGGGCAAUGGAGUUAAGUGAGUACGACAUCCAGUUUGAACCCAGAACUGCGUUGAAAGGACAAGCCGCGGCAGAUUUCAUAGCCGAGCUCACACCACCCUCCRAGCUGCGGGAGUCUGACCUACCUUGGACAGUCUAUGUCGACGGAUCAUCCAAUGAGAAGGGUUGCGGAGCCGGGGUCCUCUUGCUCGGACCAGGAGGUGAGCGAUUUGAGUAUGCCUUGCGGUUCAGCUUCCGGACUUCUAACAACAAGGCAGAGUAUGAAGUAUUUGUUGCCGGCCUGCGAAUCGCUCGAGCAUGGGGGGCCUCUUGUUUUAAGGUCUUCAGUGACUCCCAGCUGGUUGUGAGCCAGAUCAAGGACGAAUACCAAGCCAAAGACACCCGAAUGGAGAAGUAUUUGGACAAGGUCAGAUCAUACCUCGCCCAGUUUCAAACUUACGAGGUAAGCCGGAUUCCGCGAGCAGAAAAUUCUAAUGCUGACGCCUUGGCCAAGCUAGCAUCGGCGUACGAGACCGACCUUGCCAGCUUAGCAGCCUCAAUGAGAGCUAAGAAUAAUGUUUACAAUGGGAAGUCAAGACAUAUAAGACGCGGACAUAAUUCAAUCAGACAAUUACUCUCUAAUGGAAUAAUUUCCAAUGAUUAUGUAAAAUCAAAAGAGAAUGUUGUAGAUCCUUUGACAAAAGGAUUGUCAAGAGAGCAAGUUGCAUAUACAUUGAGGGAAAUGGGAUAA